CAAAGACUGAUAUGGUCUACGACACAGAGGCCUGCCAAGAGGAACCUGUACCCACUGUUGACAACGCAUGUGCCCUCGACCUUCUCUGUUUUCUUCUGUCCCACCUACAAGUUCAGAGCGUUAUAACUUCUGGUUUUCUCAACGAUUAUUGAGGCACGCGCACUGAUGACGACCGUCUGCCACGAGGUCUCAUGGUAUUGGUGCAACUUUCUCCUGGAUACGCAAGCUGAGGGUUUUGCAUAUGCGGCUAUUGCUACUUUGGUAUUCUAUGACUGGUCGAUCUUCCUCGGGCAGGAGGCGGAUCUUAUAUGGAGACGACAAUGGACCUUUUCCAAGUUCAUGUAUAUUGCCCUUCGAACAUUGGGGAUGAUAUACGGACUUGCCAACGUCUUUUACUAUGCACCAUGGCAUAUAACCGAUUCGAGCUGCGUUGCAUUUUCAUGGAUCAUCCCUCUCAGUGAAGCACUUGGCUUCACUGUGAUUCAAUUCGUCAUGAUCGUCAGAUUAUAUGCGAUGAGCGGCAGAUCUAAGGCGCUCCUUGCGAUGUUGCUUUUAGGAUAUACAAUUGCGCAGGGUAUCCUAUACGCAAACACUAUACGCAAUGCCAUUCGUUUGGGUAACAGUGCCGCCGAUUUAACGCCUCUGGGCUAUCCCGGCGUCUGCCUCGCGAUGUACCACGUGUACAUCGUACCCUUGCUACGUGGACAGUAUGUUUCCCUACUGACCCUCGAGGUCCUCAUGCUUGGUGUAUCGCUCUACUUCUUCCGCAAGCAUCUCAAGCACUCGAGAGGACAUCGAGGUACGUGGUCCACGACCAACGUGUUCGUCCUGCUUGUGAGGGACAACAUCCUCUACUUUGUCUUAACUGCUGCCAUUUUCUUAUCGGAAUCGCUAAGUGAACUCCCAACGAACUGGGGACCCGAGAAGCACAUCGCGUUCGACGUGUUCAACGCUGUGUUUUCUGGGAUAGUCGUCGGCGUGGUAGGACCCCAUCUGAUCCUCAGCAUCCUCCACCACCACGCUAUUUCGAUACGGGGCGGCCCUUCGAUCGGAUUGACGGAUAUGAGCACUAUGCACUUCACCACCCCGCGCGAGAGCACACACGGCCCAGUUGCAGUCAAGUCUCGGGGCGAUGUGGUUAGCGAUGUGUGGGUUUGAGUCCGUCUCUUAUUGGUUGGUCUAUGUAGCGCCCCAUCUAAUGAGCUGUAUACUCCACCUUAGUUAAUGAUGUCAG